AUGGCUCAAACGAAAUCUUCAUUCCCUCUACUUGUGCCGUCGUCGCCAGUCGCCGGUCUUCCGCGUAGAGUGCAGUUGUGUGGAAACGGCGGAGCUUCGGUACGCCGUUUCAUGAGGUGCAUAACCAAGACCACCGUCGACUCUGAGGUAGACAGCUGGCCGACCAUUAAGUCCACCAUCAAGCCGGCCUCGAUCUUUGGGACAUCAAAUCCGACCCAAAAAUCUCCGUAUACCUCUCCAGCAUCGGGGAGUGUCCCAAGGUCGCACCCGUCCAGGCAGGAUGACAUUGUGGGCUCGAGAUCCAGGGAAGUGUGGCACAUUCCGGACUUCUCGUUUGCUGAACAUCGAAACGUCCACAUCUCGGCCUCGGCGUCUGACGAGUCGGAGUCUGCCACUUUGAACGUCAAUGACGAUCCUCUGCUUGGAAUGUCCUGGGGCUUCAAUGCUUUUUUCCCUCUUGCGUCUCCUCUGGGUCAUGCUGGGAGCUUGAGCCCGAGCUCGAAGAUUCCGGGACACGGUGCACGGCUGUUCGCAAUCGGUACGAUGUCUGGCAUUGUCAUGCUCUGGGACAUGCGGGCCAGUCUCUCUCCCAGUCCCGAAGUGCCCAGCACCGUCUCACCUCGGAGGGUUACCUACACCGAAUCUCCCCAGAUUGCAUCCCUUGCGUCUUCGACGAAAUCGACGCCAUCGCCUCCCGAGGGACGAGUGGCAGCGAUCUCACGUGACCAGAAAGAGCAGGCCGGAGUGAUACUCUGGAUUGAGAUGUUGCCAACACCAUCGUCCUUCGACCGACCGCCUCGGAUCUUGGCAGAUGCACACGACACAUCCAGAAACGCUGCAGGCCCUGGUAGCCCUAGACCUGGCGCCGCCAGCAGUCUGUGCUCUGAGACAGGGAGCGCUUGA